GUUAUUAAGAAAAAUGAGUUUGUAUGGUUGAUAUUAAUUGAUAAAAUAUGAAUAAAGUAAGAAUGAUUUAGAGCCACCCAAACUUUAUCAAAUUUAGUAUGAAACAAUUUUAAUAGAAUAUUAUAUUAGGCAGAUUUGUUUAGAGGCUGGCCGUGGGGUAUAGAAGACUCGGGGACACUGGUCGUGAGCUGCUGCGGCACCGGGAUAUCGUCAGACUGGGCAGAAGAUUCAGGCAUGAGUGGAGGUGAGGUAGGCCGAACAGGGGAAGGGCUUGAGAGCUGGUCGUGAAGUUGGUUAUGGUCAGAUGCAUUGCCUGGGACGUGGGAUAGGACUGGUGGUGUGUGAGAUUGGUGAUGGGUGUGUUGUUGGUUUGGUGUACUGGAAGUGGAUGCCCGUGGUGGAUAAAGAGGAGAACUGGGACUAGGCAUGCUGAAUGGUUCGGUAUGUACAGGAGAGGAGGAGAGUCGAUUGGGAGAAAUAGAGGCAGUAUUGCUGUUCGAUUUGUUAAAGGUUUGUUUCUCUCUCAGCAUAAAUAUGUGUCUGAUCUUCUCUCUCGCUUCCAUCUCCAUACUCAUAAGUCGGUUCGUACUCCGCUUGCUACUCGCACUUCUUUAUCUCCCACUGAUGGUGAACUUUUUGCUGAUGCCACUGAGUAUCGUAGUAUGGUUGGUACAUUACAAUAUUUAACUUUGACACGACCUGAUAUUACCUAUGUUGUGCAUUUAGUGUCUCAGUUUAUGCAUGCUCCACGUACUACUCAUCUUGUUGCAGUCAAGAGAAUUUCCAGGUACUUGCAGGGGACUCUUGAUCAUGGUUUAUGGCUUCGGCCUACAUCUCGGGCAACCUGUGUCCUUGCUUAUUCUGACGCUGAUUGGGCAGGUUGUCCCGAUACGUCUCGAUCCACGACUGGUUUUGCUGUGUUCUUAGGCCCGAAUCUUGUUUCUUGGAAGUCUAAGAAGCAACCUACUGUCUCCAAAUCCUCUACAGAAGCCGAGUAUAGAGCCGUUGCUUACACUGUUCAGGAUACUCUGCAUAUCCGCUCUAUAUUGUUUGAGCUCGGCUAUCCUAUUACUGCACCGGUUCAAUUAUUUUGUGAUAAUAUCUCUGCUUCUUAUUUGACUGCUAAUCCAGUUCAGCAUGCCCGUAGCAAGCACAUUCAGAUUGACUACCAUUUUGUUCGAGAGCGUGUGGCUCAUGGAGAUUUAGUUGUAAAAUACAUUCCCACACAGUUGCAGUUAGCUGACAUUUUUACCAAAUCCCUUUCUAGUCAGCAAUUUAAUUUUUUGAAAGACAACAUGCGUGUUGUAUCUCCCGCACAGUUUAAGAGGGUGUAAUAGAAUAUUAUAUUAGGCAGAUUUGUUUCCUAAUCUGUAUGAGACUCUUUUAAUAUAAAUAUACAUGCCAGGACUCAUAUUGGAGCACC